ACGGAAACGACCAGUAACGUGUACUCCGUCUUGAACAGGACCAUGUGUUUGUCCUGCCACAGCGUGUGAAGUUUCCCCCACAGUGCUGACGGGGAACCCGGAGAUUUCUUCCGCACACCUCCUGCCAUCUCGGCGGCGUAUGAAGCGACCACAGUGGUUGCGACUGGGAGAGAGAGAGAGAGAGACGGCAACUGACAUGCGCAAUGACACCUAGUCACCCAACGUUGUCAUCAUCUAGCUACGUCACGUGACAUGGAAAACAACUCCGUUCAACCGAUUAUGUCAACUUGAGAGCCGCUUGAGAGAUUUCUCUGACAGGUUUGCAGUGACAGGAGGCUCAGAGGGAAUGGAUGGAUUUCCUGUGAAGAUUACAGAGGCAGCGUGUCUAGGGGCCAGCCUUGCCCUCUCAGGCAUCUGUUACUAUCUCUAUAGGAAGAGCCGGACAACACUUGACAAACUUGAUGAUGCUCCACACUUCGCCAUCGAUGGAAAACUAAAAGAUAUUUUGAAAGUUACUCCAGGAGCGUGUCUACAGUAUGCUGUCGUUGAAGGUGCUGUGCAACCAGCAGGUGAGCCUCUGACAAGCCACUUCCAAAAAGAAUUUGUUGGAGUGUUGCAGAAAUUCCUGUUGAGGGAACACAGGCUGGUGUGGAACAGCCUUUCACGCACUUGGGCGGACAGUGAAAGAGUCUUGCACCAUAGAGUGAAUGCAGUUCCCUUUGUGUUAGUGGGAUCAAAUGAGACCACCGUCAGAGUCCUGUGCCCUCUGCAGGCCUCCGGACUUUACAUGGAGACUACCCACGAGAAGUUCCACCAAGUCAAUUACGGCUUGGGUGACAUCAUAGGACAAUACCUCAGUGGGGAGAAGCUUAAAGGACAACUGGAGACCGAGGAAAUGCUGAAAGUGGGCUCAACGCUUACCGGCGUGGGUGAGUUGAUACUGGACACGGAUGGGACUCUGAAUCUCCGACCCCCUUCAGAUGGCUCUCAGUACUUUUUGAGCAUUACAGACUUUGACACCUUGUUGGGAGAGCAAGAGAGCAUAGCUCUUUGGUGGAAGGCGCUGGCCAUUGCCUCUGCUCUGGCGGGAGCAGCAGUAGUCCUCUGGGUCGGCCGACGCUACUACUACGAACUAAAGCUUCGCUGGGAGAGGGAGCAGGAGAGGAAGGCAUUUGAGAGACUGCAGACUGAAGGCUCACAAGCACGUGCUUUAGUAACGGGCUCUGAGACUCCUCAAGAUGGGGCAGAGGAGCACAUAGAAAAUGCCUGUGUGAUUUGCCUCAGUCAACCUCGUAACUGUAUACUGUUGGACUGUGGACAUGUGUGCUGCUGCCACAGCUGCUACCAGGCUUUUCCACAUCGCCGAUGCCCAAUAUGUAGACAAAGCAUCAGUCGAGUGGUGCCUCUCUUCCAUGUCUGAGGCACCUCUGUGAUCCUCAGUGGAGCUUCACCGCCACACAAACUGUACUGUGCUGCACUUAAACCUUAAAAAGGGCAACGGUAACUUUAAAUAAAACUUAUUACUGUAAAGAUUACACAAGUUUUUGAAUAUUGUGCAAACACUUUGUUCACUGCAGAGUUUCAGUGAGGUAUAUUAUCUGUAAUUGAAAUGCAGGUGUAAUUGAGGUGUAAGCAACGGAGAUGUUUGUUCUGUGCCUUAUUCUGGUCAUUCAUGUGGCUGCUGCCAUCGUGAUUUAAGUGUAUGUAUCUUAAUAAUUUAAGUUUGGUCAGAAUAAACUAUGCCUUUUUGUUUCAUCCACUUUCAGUCAAAUAUUGUCACUGGAAGUUAUUGAAGCAACGAUACUUAUUGCCAAGACGAGGCUUAAGUGUGAAUUAAUGCACUACAGACUCACGAAAGUGGGUCAGAUUUUGCCUCGUUGAAACACAUUCAAUAAAGCAUCACUCUUUGAA